AAAACGUAAAUUAAGUGAAUUAAUAAAAAUUCUAUACAAAACUUGUAAUUUUUCUAUUGAAAAUUACCAUUGAAAGCUAUAAAAUGCUUUUCUAACGUAAUCGAGGAAGAUAGCAGCAUUUGCAGCAUUAAACGAUCAACUUUACGUGGAUACACAACAAUUUCGUCAACAAGAAAAGUGCAACAAAAGUGGUAGCAGCAGCAGCAAACUACAAACACACAUUACCACGCAAUGGGACUUGACUUCGAUGCGCUGGAAUAUAUCAAAAGUGUGAAGUUAAAGCAGUCACAGCCACCAUUCGCAUGUCCUGUUCCAAAAUGUGAUCGCGUCUAUAAGACCGUAAUUGGUCUACAAUACCAUUUGGUGAACUACGAUCAUGACAAUCCACAACCAAUGACACCGGUGAUGACGCCAAACCGUAAGAAAGCGCGUUCGCGUGGUGUAUCACACUCGACACCAAAGGGUGGUGCGGCGGGUGCAACAGGCACUGUGGGAGCAGACGAUGAACAGAAUGGUGGCAAAGCCGGUCCAACACAUUCUAUAAACCCUGAAUCCUUAGUGUCAUAUAAUGACGAGGAGCAGAGAGUGACUUUCAAUGUGGAGGGUAAGAGUGUACGUUUGGGAACGAAUGAUGCACUACCCUUCAUCGAAGAGGAUGAGUACAUGGAACUUGUGGAACGGGGGUGCAUUGUGAAUGCUGACGCACCGCCACUGGAACAGAAUGCUUCUUGGGCUAAGGUGAAGGUGCCCGAAGCACGAUUUCAAGAAAUUGACAACUAUAAUGUUCCCGAUGCUCCUCCCAGGCCUUUGGCGUAUUAUCGCUUCAUAGAAAAGUCAGUGGAAGAGUUAGACGGCGAAAUAGAAUACGAUGUGGACGAGGAAGAUUCGGCCUGGUUGGAGUGGAUGAAUGAGGAACGCGAAAAGACAGGUCACAAUGCCGUCAAUAUUGACACCAUGGAACUGCUAAUGGACCGUCUCGAAAAGGAAUCAUAUUUCCAGGCCGCUGCUAACGGCACAGCCACUGGCAAUGAAGUAGACGACGAUGCUGUCUGCUGCAUAUGCAUGGACGGCGAAUGCCAGAAUACAAAUGUGAUUCUUUUCUGCGAUAUGUGUAAUUUGGCUGUACAUCAAGAUUGUUACGGUGUACCGUAUAUACCUGAGGGUCAGUGGCUAUGUCGGCGUUGUUUACAAUCACCUAGUACACCAGUUAACUGUGUGUUGUGUCCCAACACGGGUGGGGCUUUUAAACAAACCGAUCGUGGCCAAUGGGCACAUGUUGUGUGUGCACUGUGGAUACCUGAAGUUCGGUUUGCAAAUACCGUUUUCUUGGAGCCUAUUGAUUCGAUUGAAACGAUUCCUGCUGCACGCUGGCGCCUUACUUGUUAUGUUUGCAAAGAGAAAGGAUUGGGUGCUUGUAUACAAUGCCACCGGAAUAGUUGUUAUGCUGCAUUUCAUGUCACUUGCGCCCAACAAGCCGGUCUCUACAUGACCAUGGAUGUUAACGAAAGCGCAGGACAUAAUGAUUCUUCGGCACAUGUGCAGAAGUUUGCUUUCUGUCAUUUGCACACGCCUGACAAUGCGAAAGCCAAACUGAAUCUUAAAGAUUUUGAGGAUGCACGUCAUAAAAUGAAAGAAGCUCGCAAAGCUUUGGCCAAAAAACGUUCUUCUGCGCCUGUUGUGUUGAUACCCACAAUACCACCAGACCGCAUACAGGAAAUUGCUAGUAUGGUUCACAUGCAGAAGAAGAAAGAGUUUCUUGAUCGUCUAGUGGCCUAUUGGACAAUGAAGCGAAAGUAUCGAAAUGGCGUACCGCUGUUGAGAAGGCUGCAGUCGCAAGGUAAUCAUCAUGGCGUUAUACAGCGCAAUGGCAUUGAAGGUUCUCCGGAUACAUCCGAAUUGUAUCGUCAACUUAAAUAUUGGCAGUGUCUAAGACAAGAUUUGGAACGAGCCCGUCUACUUUGCGAAUUAGUUCGCAAACGGGAAAAGCUCAAGGCGGCUUAUGUGAAAAUAUGCGAGCAAGUUAUUUCUAUGCAAUUGGAUCCAUUGGAAACGGUGUUAAGGAAACUAUUGGAUGCCUUGGAAGCUCGUGACACUUCGGAAAUAUUUCGUGAACCUGUGGAUACGACUGAAGUUCCGGACUAUUUGGACAUUGUAAACCAACCAAUGGACUUAGGCACCAUGAGAUCCAAGCUUGACAAUCGACAGUACACGAGUUUGGAUCAACUGCAAAGUGACUUUGAUUUAAUGAUCCAAAAUUGUUUGGCCUACAAUAAUAAGGAUACAGUUUUUUAUCGAGCCGGCAUACGAAUGCGCGACCAAGCAGCACCUCUAUUCCAAGAAGUUCGAGAUGUGUUGGCACGCGAGGGCCUGUUAGACACCAGUCAGGUCGACUCCACAGAUCACGUUGAACAGGAAGUGGAGGUGGAACUGCGCCAUCUUUUAUCAUGCACACCUUGCGAAGCUAUAGUGCAGAAACUAUUAAUUUUGGCCGAUAAAUCUCAGGUUUUGAAAAAUCCCACUUACCGCACAAAGAAAAUCAAGCAAAUACGUUUGGAGAUAUCACGCAUGCGUAAAGGAAUACAGAAGGCAAGAAUAGCUGCGCGCCAUAAUGCCUCUAUAAAUUCCCAGACCGAAGACGACGAUGAAAUGGAGGAAAAUCACAAUGUUGAAGAUAUGGAUGUCGAUACGCCGCCACCUAUAAAGCCCCAGGCUCCGCAACAUCAUCCCCCACAACACCAUUCGCUAAAGGUCAAAGAGGACCAAACACCCAAGAGAGUACGUAAACCAUCUGCUAGAUCUAUGCAGACAUCAAGACAAAAUCAUCACCACCAACGGCGGCAUAAUCUCAGUGACGAAGAUGAGGAUCAAGAGCACAAUCCCAGCGAAGACGAGGACGAAACCAUGGGUGAUGAAUCCAAAGGUACUAGUAACAAUACAACACAGCACACGCCACCUUGUAGUCCGGUAAAAAGUCUCAAUAGCAGCGCUUCGCCUGUUGGCGUCAAUCGAAGAACUGCGGUGCUGUUUACACGAAAAGCGCAGGCCGCUCUCAAACGACCCACGGACACAUCGUCGUCAGCAGUGACGCCCGUUAAAGAGGAGAAUCACAACAUCAUCACCAAUGCUACCCAGGUCUCUACGCUGGGUUCUCUAAUCACAGGAGUUAACAAUGCAUCCUCGUCGACAGUUGCAGCACCAUCACUGAUUUCGUCUGCCUUAUCGAUAAGCAAUAAACUAACUGGUGGACUCAACCAACUAUCGCCACUGUCCGCCAGCUUAAAUCAGGUGUCCACAUCUUUAGCAGUCAAAUCUCCGAAGCGUAAUGCAAGACACAAACGUUUGAACGAAAUGCGAAAUAGUGGUUCUGUCUCGCCAAAGAAAUCGCCAAACCGAACAAUGGCGAGUGGUCUGCUAACAACACCCACAGCUUUAGCCCAAUCCGCCCAACCAGCUUCAGCUUCAGCACUAGCAGCUGCAGCGCCGACCAUAUCCUUACCGCCCUCUACAAAUUUGAGUAGCUACCAGCACAUCCCCGAUACGUUUCGUGUUUAUCGUACCAACAACGAACGCGAUGCCAGUGAUAGCGACGACGAUGACAUGAGUGAUAUUUCGGGAAGUCCAUGUAGUAGUUGUUCAGGCAUUACAGCCAGUGGGUCCGCAUCCGAUUACGAUUCUAGUGACGACGACGAUGAAGAAGACGAAGAUGAUGAGGAGGAAGAUGAGGAGCCUGAGGCCGUUGGUGAUGACAAUGCUACCCGUGAUAGGCCCGACAUAGAAAUGAACGACAGCACUACGGUGGGCGACGAUGCAAACGGCGAAGCUAUGAGCUGCAGUGCUGAUAGUGAUACUGAUGGUGGGGCCACUGCUAGAGCCAGAACAGCACAUGCUGGCAAUGAUUCAGAUACGCAGACGCGAAGUAUAACGAGAAGAACACCAACUCCGCUGGAUAAACGACAGCGUAAUGCUGGUCGACCUAAGAAAAAACCAGCGCUAUCGCCUUCUGUACAACCGACUUCAUCCUUACUGCCAUCGGCAGCUGGCAAUGUUGUGUCAGUCAAAGCUUCUACGCGCUCAAACGCUAAUAAACCCACAACACGCACGGCCACGCCGACACCAAAUAAUGUAAAUACUAUCAAGACACGUAAAGCACAACAUGCAGCAGCAGCGGCAGCUGCAGCAGCAGCUGUAGCAACAAAUCACAAUAGCAGCACCAGUGUCGGCAGGGCGAAAUCAAAUCACAUCAAUUCUGCGUCAUUAGAUAUGGCCAAUUCGAACAGUAAUACAGACAAUUUGCUUAAGCCCCCACUGGAACCCUUGCAGCUAGUCUGGGCAAAAUGUCGUGGGUAUCCUUGGUAUCCGGCGCUUAUACUUGAUCCCAAAACUCCAAAAGGCUUUGUCUACAAUGGCGUACCACUACCAGCACCUCCCACGGACGUGUUAGCAUUGCGCAAAAACUAUCCUCAAGACAUGGAAGUGUUUUUAGUGUUGUUUUUCGAUGCCAAACGCACUUGGCAAUGGCUACCCGCUAACAAAUUAGACAUUUUGGGCAUUGACAAGGAGCUCGAUCAACAAAAGCUUGUGGAAUCACGCAAGCCCACAGAAAGAAAAGCUGUCAAGAAGGCCUACCAGGACGCCCUGCUCUACCAGAGUCAAGUAUCCGACUUGGAAGGCCAAGGGCCGGAUCCGAUUAUGUGAAAGUUAAGGAAAGAGAAGUAACUAUUCUACAAUUGCCUCAUUGAUGAUCUAAUUUACCGCUGUGCUCUUUAUCUUAUUAUCGAUAAUAACAAUAUUUGAAUUGUUUUCUUGCAGGUUCCGAUUACCUCCUUUAAUGUCGUUUUAUAAUUACAUACAUACUUCUUUCUUCCCAAGCCUUACAUUCUAUUUGUUAGUUGUUGUUUUUCUUUUUUCAAAAGUCCCCGGUCUUCUGUUAGUAAAUAAAACCGGUGGGACUAUAUAAACCCAUAGUAAAAAACAAACAAAAUCUUCAUCAUGACGAUUAGUUCCAAUCGUUGAGUGGGUUACUCGAGGCCCACUUUUGGCUAUUGUAUGAAAAGAGAGUUCUCGAUUAUAUUUUGCUUAAUGUCAGAGAAAAACAUUUGCACAACCUCACUUGUUUUCAAUAUAUAACAAUUUUGUAUCAUUUUGAAUUAAUUUCAUUCCACAGAACUAUCGUUACAAAACAGGAAAACAAUUAUGCUAGACAUGGGUCCAUAUUUACUCUCCACUCGAUACCGCUGAUUGUCCGGGACUGCUGUUGCGGUUACCAGUCUGUGGACAUGUCCGGUAGCGCCCAGCUGAGUGAUAAACAUCACACAUAUUGAAACUUUAAAUAUUUCCGUCACGGGGGUUAUCCCUUGCCUGACAUUCUUAGUCGUUCCAGGCUACGAAUAACUUUUAUUUGCUUGACAUGUUAUUCCCAUUGGUCAUGGGGAUUAGUAGUGUGCCAUAUCCUUUUAUAUUGAGGUCCAUUCUGCAUGUAAUUGAUACCUCGACAGUUCAAUUUUAACGGAAAUUUUUUGUACCAAGUACAUUUAUUCUUUAGUUUCAUAAGUAGGAACAUCGCCGCAUAAACCGAACUGCCGAGUCGUAUCCUUAAUCAUCUUGGGAGGCUUAAAUUUUAGCCAAUAAGAUUACUUCACACGCAGGUCCAUCUGUCUCAUUGUUAUACCGAACUUGAAAAUAUUGAGGAAUAAAGGUGUAAACCCUAGACCAUAGAUCAAGAAAUGAGAAAAGGGAGUGCAGCCUACUUGGUUAGGUUAGUGCGACAAUAUGCAAACAAACUCUUUUAGGUGUUUGUGAUUACACGAAAUAAGACCUUUGGUGAUAUCACGAAAGCAAAAGAAGGAAGACGCCUUUAAGUUGCUGGAAACGCACACAGCAUCUGCGAAAAUCUUUACUUGCUACUUUUCUAAUCAAUCUACCUACCAUGACGUUUCGUUUCAAUAGAAUUUUGUAUAGACAACCGUUCCAGUAAAUUUUUUUUUCGAAUCCAUGGUGAUGAGUAACCAAGGUUUGCUUGGGUCGAAUAACAAAAAAUGUUUGCCUCUUAAGUUAGUAGCGAUUGCCAUAGGGCAAUAUCACCUCUCUGUAAAACAAAUUACAAGUAACGUUGCAUAGAGCUAUUCUGGAUUUAUUUUGCUGAUUUGCUCAAUAUACAUAUUUCUGUUAAGUAUCAUUUCAUGCAACAUGAAAUAAAGUUAUUUGCAAGUAAAAAUGAUUAAUUGCAGUAUAUAUGUACUUCAUGAACCAGAAAUAAUUAAAAAUCGAGCAAAAUAAUGAAUCGAUGUUUGUCGCCAUCUUGUGGUCUACACAACUAUUAUUCAGUGGGGACAUAAACUUAUUGACUGUAACCCAAAAUUUCACUAGAGGUGUGUACUGAGCUUAAAGUUGAGUGCGUACCUCAAACGAAGUUUUCGGUUACAGCGAAGACAUUUGAAUGCAACUAGCUGUCACAUGAACCUACCGUCAACCCAGUUUACACUGCUGCAGUAGAUUAUGUGUUUUCCCUUUAUACAAUCAGCUGACGAGAGCCUUAAAUCCGGGUUUAAUGAGCAGUGUAAACUGGGUUUCGGAUUAGACUGAUUGAGCAAGUAGAUGACACAAUUCUUAAUCGAUUCAGCUUUAUCACUCACACUACAAUGACACUUAUGUUGGGCUGAUAUAAAUACCUCUUUGAACUUUAAGGAUACGAUUUUAUUUGUUAUUCCCUCAAUCAAAACUUCUCUGCAAAAACUGUCAUGCAUUAGCAAUAAAAUGUCGUUGAUCAUUUUCCCCUUCUAAUGCUGAUGACAUUUGUGAGGUACUGUACCAUUUGGUAUGGCAGCCAUGUAAAAACUUUUCACUAAAGAAGUGCCCCACAGCGGUACGCGGUUCGGACUCGGCUUUAAAAUGAAAGUCCCUUAUCAUUGAGCUUAAACUUGAAACGGGCAGCACUCAUUGAUACGUGAGAAAUAAGCCCCUGUUCCUUCACAUAUUUUGCUAGGUUAUUGCCAUGGUAACUUAUUGUUGCUUCGGCAAUUCCUCAUUUGAAAUGUUUUCUAUCAAGAAAUGCUAAUGUUAUUCUAUUUUUAAUCAAAACAAAUUUACCUCAUAUACUAAAACCCAAAGUCAAUCAAGGUCCCAAUAAAAAAUAUAUAAAGUUUGGCUUGGAUUAUUAGUAAAAUAAACCAUGGGAAUAAAUGAUGUUCAUUUUCUUAAGUGAAUAGUUUUAGAACUAAAGAUUCAUUCAUGUACCGCUACUAUAAACACCGAUUUCCCUAUUUAAGGUUAUGACCCCAUAAAACGUAAAUUUUUUAUCCAAUUUCGCUGUACACGGUACAGUGAGUAAUAUUAGAGCCCUACAUAUCUCUGCCGAAUAUGGUCCGGAUUGGACUAUAUAUGAAUUUAGCUCCCAUAUUGAUCAAUCUUUCUAUUUUUGUGCGCUUUGGCGCACUAAAUAGUACAUUUGUUACCCGAUUUCGCUGUAUUAUGUUAGGUUAGGUCAAAUGGGUUGUCCACCAUAGGUGAAUUCACUCGGACGCCCGUUUGUGGCCCAUUGUGAUAACCCAGAAAGAAAGAGAAGAGAAAGAUGUGGGACCUUGGACCAUGUCCACAGAUUUCACAUGAAUAAAGGAAACAGAAAGAAUGGAAAUUCAGAGCGGGGGGAAACGCCUAUUCAUCAUGGAUGGGAGUACUUAUGUGGUGUCAAGUUAAAUCGACGAUUUAAGGUCUUCGGCCCAUAACCAAAUAUAUUUUUUUCCCAAGUGGUCUCGAUCGGGCAACUGUUGGACAAAAUCGAUUUCACGAAUAAACUUCUUGGGUCUAAAAAGGGCGCAUUUUUCCUCGUAUCACGACUAAACAUACAUACAUAUACAGUGGCACAGAAAAGUCUACAUACCCCACUCCAAAAACACUUUUUACAAAACGAAAUUUCCAGAGUGUAAAAAAUUUUUCCGCCUAUUGUUGCUAAAAUUGUUUACCAUGGCUCUUAAUAUUAUAAUUAGUUAAAAUUUUUAGGGUAAAACCUUAUCCAAACUAUGUUACUGUCAGUUUACGUAACUGCUAUUUAUGAAAAGGUAUGUAGACAUAUCUGUGCCACUGUAUAUCCGUGAUUGUGGGUAACCACAGUGUUUACACUUGUUGAUUUUCAAUCAUUUAUCUAAAUAAUAGAAAAAAUUCGUAUGAAGUACUUGGGGUCUGACUAGACCCUGGGGUCCCUUAGUGUGAUUUUGUCUUUGUAUCCAUUUAGGGGUUAAAAUGGAAUUCUUGUAAUUCUUAUAUAUAUAUUUGAGAACAAUUUGCGUUGACUCUAAAGUAAAUAUAUUCUUCUGCAGAGGCUUAAUAGCCAAGUAACUUUGUUCCCAAUUUGAGUCUAGUAAUAAACUACUUGGAUUUUUUAAGUAUUGUUGAAUUUUUUGAUUUAUGUGUAUUACAUAUUUUUUUUGGAGUAAAUUAUUUUGAUAUUUGAAAUGCGAGAAGUUUGCCCCUGUUCCUUAAUGGAAUAUACAUGGACAAAUUUGCAUUUUUUGAUUUUAGAAAGCAUCUUAAAUUUUUUUCUUUCUUUUUUAUAAUUGUUUUGGCCGAUUUGCAUGACUACUUUGUGAGUUUAUAAUCAAAGAAAAUUUUUAAUUUUUUGUAAAAAAGAAUGCAUUCGAGGUGUCCAAUUGUUAUUUUCCGAUUGUUAAUUAAUUAAUGAAAACAACAACUAAAAUGGAAGAGUUUUCUACCUUUCCCCCUGUAUAUGCCCUGCAUUAGUGUUUAUUUCUAGCAUUACUCUAAAACCAAAUACCCUUGAAGAUGUCGAACUGUCUGUCGUCUUGUAGUAACGCUGAGUGUACUUAAAGUACUCGAAAGUGUUUCACUCCGAAUUUUCAAAUUCAAUUUAGAAUUUUACAACAUAGAGCCCUUCUUAUAACUGAAUAUAAAAUUUAUUGCAAAUUAUUUUCUUUUUCAGCCUUUUAGAUGUUUUUGAUAAGUUGAAAUUCUUUAAAUUUUGGCGCAAAUAAUAUUUUUUUUUCUCUGACAUAGUCUAUCCAAUAAUAAUAAAAAAAAUCAUAUGAUAUGAUAUGAAAUGGCGCAAUGCUCGCCGCCUUUGUAAAUUGUUUAUAUAAAUAUUUGUUAUAAUACUUAUAAAAGAAAAACAAGAGAUGUAUUUCAGAUAUUAUCUGAUUCUUACCCCAUUAUACUAAGCUACUUUGUUACAACUUACAAAAAAAAUCUUUCUUUGUCUUACCUAAUUAUUUUUGUUUUAUUAUGUUUAAUAAUUUGGGAUAAAGCUGUACAGAAAAUAAACAAAAGAAAAACUUAAUCCAUUACCAUAGUAUAAUUAUGUUUCCGCACUUCUUUUACUUUUUGCUUAUUUUAACUACUAAUUCUCGAUUUAAGUGAUAAUGUUCUUUUUAUUUUGCUUAGAAUUAUCUAGUUUUAGGCAUUACACAUUUAACGAUUUGUUUUUGAAAACAAAACAGAAUAUAAAGUUUAGAAAAAAAAAAAACAAAAUAAAAACUAUUUUGUAAUUAGACUUAAGAUAAGCUAAGCUAAGAUCGGUUUUAAUAGUUUUUCGUUUUGUUAUACGGUAUCAUAGAAACCCGCUCUAUUGGUUUUCAUUUGCCUCAACCCAGGAACAUAUUUUUCAUUGUAUAUUAUGAAAAUGUAUAAGCAGGAGAGGAGUAGUGUUUACAAUUUAAUUAUUGUAGUUGUUUAUUGAUUAGAAAGUAAUUACACAAAAAAGAAAACUACAAAUAAAAACUAACAACACUCAAUCACAAAGAAAAUAAAAAAAAACACAAAAAGAAUAGUAAGAAAUCAAUUAAAUUUAAUUAUUAAUUGUAAAAUUUUCAUUCA